GUCGACCCUCUCACACACUCUCAGAAAAAUCUCUCUCGCAUUCCUCUCCACCAUUCCUCUCCAUCUCACUUGUAGUUGUUUUUCGGUUUUUCACUUUUUUCUCUCUCUCAGGGAUCUCUCUGAUCGGGGCUUGCUUUUCUUUUCCUGAAACUAGCGAAGGGAUGCUUCUCUCUCUAGUCCAAACCUCAUUUACAUCGCCUUUCCAAGCUACCCAGAUCAAGGGUAGACACCCAAAUCCUUCAUUACUUCCCAAAACCCUCUUUCCUUGUUUCGAAGGCGUCUCCGCCACCGCUCUGAAGAAGCUUCAACUGUUUAGUGGGAGAUCGUGCGGUGUCGGGAAUGGAAGAUUUCAAGCUUCCUUACUUGAAGCUCCUGUUCUGUGGGCUGGAAGGCUUUGCAUUUUCUAUGCUCUCUUGAAGGCCGGACUGGCUGGAUCUCAAACAAACCCUUUCAUCUCAGAUGCGAAAACAGAGUCGAGCGAUUUGGGUUUUUUUAAGUGGAUUGAGGGCUUUAAAGGGCGAUCAGAGGAGAAGGAAGCAGCAGAUAGGAGGAAACUGGUAAGCAAGUGGCAUCCAACAACAAAGGGUACACUCAAGAGAAGCUACAGAGUUCCUUCCAAAUCCGAAGGACGACGCCUUCUCAAAGCAAUUGCAGCCCUGCUCUCGGAUGAUGAUCACUUCAUAGAUGCCACUUCCCAUAAGGGUUGUCAAAUUAGGAGGGAGACUGCUCAUGGAGAGAGUGUUUGUUGCAACAAUGUGAGGGCUCUUUUUGACGAGCUGCCCACGCCACACCUGGUUGUUGAGAUCACAGCUUUUCCUGCUGGGCCUCUCACAGAAAAGGAUUACACCAAAGCUGAGAAACUAGAGAGGGUGCUCAGAUCUGGUCCUUCUAUUUAAGUCCUCCCUGUUUUCCCCUUUGUAUGUAUCCAAGCUUUUACCUGUACAUAUUGUAGCAUGAAAAGAAUUUUCCCGUUACUCUCCUGAAUUCCACUGGAGACUCACUUUCUUGAAGUACAUAGUUUCAUCCUUGAAACUAUGCAAAUAUAGGCCUAGUUCUUUCCUUUUCCUUGCUCUCCAUCUAAAUUACAAUUUGAUAGUGAAAUAUGGAGUCAUGUCUUCCAUUACUUUGGCAUGUGAUUACUGGUUAGGCGACUGGGAAUUUUAGUUGUGAAUCAAUUAGUAAAAGGAUUACAGGCAGGAUUCAGCUUUGCAUCCA